AUGGCUUCCACGACCGCCUCGCAGACAAUCUUCCGUGCUUUCAGAGCUGCUCCUCGGACUGGUCUGCUUCCUCGACCUCAGCCGGUAUUUCGUCGUUUCUUUGCAGCAAGUGCUUCGGAACAGCCGCGCUUGCGCCUUGGAUCUACCGCCCCCAACUUCAAGGCAUUGACUACUAAGGGCGAAAUUGAUUUCCAUGACUUCAUUGGCAAGAGCUGGACCAUCCUGUUCUCUCACCCUGCCGACUUCACCCCCGUCUGCACAACCGAACUAGGUGCAUUCUCAAAGCUGAAGAAUGAAUUCGACAAGCGUGGUGUGAAAAUGAUUGGUCUGAGCGCUAAUGAUAUUAGCUCUCACGGCGAGUGGGUCAAGGAUAUCAACGAGGUUGCCUCGACUGAUGUGCAAUUCCCAAUCAUUGCUGAUGCCGAUCGCAAAGUGGCUUUUCUCUAUGACAUGAUUGACCAGCAAGAUCUGGACAACAUUAAUCAGAAGGGUAUCGCAUACACCAUCCGCUCUGUGUUCAUCAUCGAUCCCACCAAGAAGAUUCGACUGACCAUGAUGUAUCCUGCUUCGACCGGUCGCAACUCCGCCGAGGUUCUACGUGUGAUUGACUCUCUCCAAACGGCGGACAAGAAAGGGGUCACCACUCCCAUCGACUGGCAAGUGGGCGAUGACGUGAUUGUUCCACCCUCUGUGUCGACCCCUGACGCGAAGAAGAAGUUUGGAGAAGUUCGGGAGGUGAAGCCUUAUCUGCGCUAUACCAAGAUCUAA